AUGUCUAAUCCUCGCAACUACACUAUCGGCUGGAUUUGCGCCAUAAGCACGGAACACGUUGCCGCAACAGUCUUCCUUGAUAAAGAGCACGAACGGCCGGCAUAUGUGUCCACGAACGACAACAAUACCUAUACCCUUGGCGAGAUUGGGAAACAUAAUGUCGUCAUCGCCGUCUUGCCCGACGGGGAGUACGGAACAGAUUCCGCAGCAAGCGUCGCAACAAACAUGCUGAACAGCUUCCCCAACCUCAGAAUCGGUCUGAUGGUCGGGAUCGGCGGCGGUGUACCAACUCCGCGUGAUAUUCGUUUGGGUGAUGUCGUAGUUAGCUCUCCUCGCGCUGGGGAUGGUGGGGUGUUCCAGUACGACUUUGGCAAGACCAUACAGGGUCAAAAGUUCCAACAUACGAGAUUCUUGAAUCAGCCUCCAACCGUCCUACGGACCGCAGUGAGUAUGCUCAAGACUCAGUACGAGACGAAAGGGCAUCAGCUUGAAGACGCUAUCAACAGCAUUCUCGAGAAGAAUCCAAGACUGCGGAAGAAGUACAGGCGACCAGAGCCAAGCAGCGACAGGCUGUUCAACGCUGAAAUCACCCACGACUCAGCCUGUGCCACAGUCUGUGGUGAUAGUCCGUCAAACCUGAUAUUGAGACCCGCACGGACCGACGACGAAGACAACCCGGCAAUUCACUACGGUCUAAUUGCUUCAGCAAACCAGUUAAUGAAGGACGUUUUGGUUCGGUACAAGCUGGCAGCUGAGAAUGACGUUCUGUGUUUUGAGAUGGAAGCUGCCGGGCUGAUGAACCGCUUUCCCUGUUUGGCCAUUCGUGGUAUAUGCGACUACUCGGACUCCCACAAGAACAAGGAGUGGCAGGGCUAUGCAGCAAUGGCGGCUGCUGCAUAUGCGAAAGAUCUUCUCUGUCGAAUAGCUCCAAAUAAGGUUGAAGCUGAGAAGAAGAUCGGCGAUAUUCUGUCCGGUCUCCAAGAAGUUGCAGAAGAGCACCGGGAUGUUUCAAAGGAGCACCGUGAUAUUGCUAAGGAGCAGCUCCAAGCCCAGAAAGAUCUAGCCAAGGAAAGGCUGUCUGAAGAAAAACAAAAGUGUCACCAGCUGUUCCGCCUCACAACCAGCAGCAGGGACGUCACAUACGAGUGGUAUAAAGACCGAUUGGAAGAAAGGGUUGAAGGCACAUGCAUGUGGUUCCUCAAGCACAAGCACUUCCAGAUGUGGUUGAAACAGGGCUCUGGCCCCCUGCUAGUCACGGCGGAUCCUGGCUGUGGAAAGUCGGUGUUGGCAAAGUACCUGAUCGACCACGGCCUGCCACGAUCGACAACUAUCUGCUACUUCUUCUUCAAAGACCAAGACCAGAACACCGUCCGGCAAGCGCUUUGUGCACUGCUUCACCAGCUCUUCUCUCUGAAGCCGUCUCUGAUCGAACAUGCCAUGCCACAAUUCCGUAAGGAUGGGCAAGGUUUGAUCAACUCUACAGAAUCGCUCUGGAAGGUUCUACGCAACGCUAUAAAAGAUCCCCAAGCAGGACCUGUAAUCAUGGUCCUUGAUGCCCUGGAUGAAUGUGCCGAAUCAGAGUUUACGGACCUGAUGCGGAAUAUAGAGAGCCAAUUCCGCGGCGACCCGUUGGGCCAUGGCAAGUCGAAGUAUCUUCUAACAUGCCGCCCGUAUAAGCAGAUCGUAUCCAAGUUCCGCCACCUGUUAGGCGAUUUUCCAAAUAUCCGCAUACCAGGAGAGGAAGAGUCGAAAACCAUCAGUCAGGAGGUGAAUCGCGCCAUUACGCACCGGGUCAAUCAGCUGCCCCUCUCACCCAAUAUCAAGAGCCAUCUGGAAAAAAGACUACGGAAAAUUUCCCACCGCACCUAUCUCUGGGCAUACCUCGUGUUCGACUACUUGGAGGAAGAUGACUUUAUAAAGACACCAAUGGGGGUCCAGUCCGCCAUUGCAACGCUUCCUGCGAGUGUCAAUCAGGCAUACGACCAAAUUCUUAACAAGUCCAAGUCAGAAGAACGCCCGAUGGUUCGGAAAGUCUUGAGUAUUAUCUUGGCCGCGAGUCGGCCACUAACACUCUCGGAAAUGAAGGUUGCCGUGAAUAUAGACGCCACAUCACAGUCUAUUCACGACCUCGGCCUCGAGGACGAGGAGGACUUUAAGUCACGUCUCAGAUCUUGGUGUGGAUUGUUCGUCUCAAUCCAUUAUGGCAAGAUUUAUUUCCUUCAUCAAACUGCUCGCGAGUUUCUCCUCGCAGAUUUGGCAUCUCCUACUACUGUCCCGUCAGGGCUACGCUGGAAUCACUCCAUCACUACACGCCACGCACACGCGGUUCUUGCGGAAGCCUGCGUGCUCUAUCUGAACUUCUUUAACUCCGACGUUAGUCUACUGACAGAUGCGAAUGGGGAAGGCAGCUACUCUUCCGAUAGACGUGCCUUCUUAGAUUACUCAGCCCAAAAUUGGGGCGGUCACUUCCGCGGGGCUGGUAUCAUCGAUGACGCCACCAUUAUACCCUUUGCUCUGAGAAUUUGUGAUCCGGAUUCAAACAGCUACACGGUAUGGUUUAAAAUUUAUUGGGAGACUACAAUGAUGAGGACUACCAAAUAUUUUACGGAUCUCAUGCUAGGAUCGUACUAUGGCCAUCGUGCCAUUGUCAAGCUACUUCUCGAGAAGGGCGCCGACGUCGAGUCCAAGGACAAAGAUGGUCGGACGCCGCUAUCGUGGGCCGCCGAGAAUGGGCACGAGGCUAUCGUCAAGCUGCUGCUCGUGGUCUGCCGGUAUUGGGCAUGA